UUGUCACUGCCCAUCUCGCUACAGAGCAACUCUGGCCGGUUUACAGCAAAAACAGAAGACAUAUGAAUUCAAAUAGAAUAAUUCAUUCAAAUGCACGACAAGACUCCUAUAUUAUUUGAUUUUUUUUUUUUAAACUUUUGACGCUCCUUCCUCACGGGGGAAAAUCUUUCGCCUAAGGCGGGCUGAGAAAAAAAACAGAUUUAAACUUCCCAAACUAGUCGGGCAAGAAAGAAAGAUUGAAGCCAACUUGAAGGCUUUUUCCGCCCCAAACAGCAUUUUUCUCCCCACCCCAUUGAAAUAAGAUCUAAUUGAGUCCCGCCUUUUUCCCCUUAUUGGACCAUUAAGGGGAUCCAAAAGGUAGCCUGGGAGUUUCGUAGUUUUGCACAAAAAAAAAAAUUAAAGAGAGAGAAACUUUGCACCACCUAAGCACUUCCUAAUUCUGUCCCCACCCUAGUGGGUUAAUCUAUUUAGAGGUGGCAUGAGGAACACGCCCACUCUUUUUUUCCCUGUGAGCCAAUCCACAGCUCUCUUGAGAUUCAAGCUCCUCCUCCCCUGCUUCUGAUUGGCUUUUAACUCCAUGGCCCGUCUUCAUACGAUGGAGAAGGCCAAUCAGGAGGGUGGUGCGGCUCUGAUCUAGACUUACCUCGACGGCCUCUUUUUUCCCCUCGCGAGGCUCUCUGGGGGUUGUAGUCCCCAGAGCGGCGGACCUGCCUUCUUGCUGCGGAGCUCCGAUAACGCGAGGACUACGAAUCCCAGAACCUAUCUCGGCGCAAUAGGAAUUAUAACCAUACAGGGCACAAUCUCUAUUUAGCGCUCGAGAUACUUGCGGCAAUAGGAAGGGACUGAAUUGCAGGCGUCGCCUUCUCAUUUCUGGACUGGGGUUUCGGGGACCCCCUUUCGAAGCUGCAAUCCUCCACGAAAGGCGCCUUUCCUACCUCGCAGGGUGGUUUUUCGGGUUGCAGCCAGGCUGACCUUUCCCAACUUUUUCCUGCAAAGGAGGUCUGCGUUCUAGGAAAAGGAUGAGCGAAGAUGUCAAGCGCAGGUCCGCAGCUACGGACAAGGACGAAUUUGUCCAUUUCUUCCCCCAAAUUGUCCGGGAUCUGACGGAAGACGAGCUUCACCCCCCCGAACUGGCCGACGCUAUCGCCAGGCUGAAAAAGGUGUUAGAAUAUAACGCCGUUGGUGGGAAAUAUAACCGCGGGCUAACGGUGGUGGCUGCUUUUCGGGAACUAGCCAGACCAGACCAGCUUGAUCCGAAGAGCCUCCAUAUUGCCCUCGUCGUGGGCUGGUGUGUUGAACUGCUCCAGGCCUUUUUCCUAAUUGCAGACGAUAUCAUGGACUAUUCGACGAUUCGCCGGGGCCGACCUUGCUGGUACAAACAGGAAGGGAUCGGCUUGGAUGCUGUGAAUGAUUCCUUUUUGGUUGAGGCUAGCAUUUACCAGCUGCUGAAACGCCACUGCCGAGAUCAGCCGUAUUAUCUGAAUUUGUUGGAGCUUUUCCACCAGAUUUCCUACCAGACAGAACUGGGACAAACGUUGGACCUUUUUCAGAUCAAUUUGAAUUGCUUCACCGAAGAAAGGUACAAGGCGAUUGUAAAGCACAAGACGGCGUAUUAUUCAUUCUAUUUACCCGUGGCGGCGGCUUUGUAUAUGGCUGGCAUUGACAAUGAAGAAGAACACGCAAACGCCAAGGCCAUCCUUUUCGAGAUGGGGGAAUUCUUUCAAAUCCAGGAUGAUUUCCUUGACACUUUCGGGGACCCCCAAAUGACCGGCAAGAUAGGGACAGAUAUUCAGGACAAUAAGUGCAGCUGGCUCGUGGUACAGAGCCUCAAACUGGCAUCUCCAGAGCAGCGAAAGAUUUUGGAGGAGAACUAUGGCCAGAAGGAUCCGGUGAAAGUUGCCCGCGUGAAGGCCCUUUACGAGGAGCAGGACCUAAAAGCCGUUUACGAAGCCUACGAAGAAAGAAGCUAUCAGCAGCUCUUGGGUUUAAUCACCCAGCACGCCGUUCACUUGCCGGCCCAGAUCUUCCUGGCUUUGGCUGAAAAAAUCUACAAGAGGCAAAAGUGAUCGCUCAGAAAGAAAGCCGCCUCUCAUUUUUUAAUCUGUGUUUUUUUUCAGCUGGGACUUGAGCUAAAAAGUUUCUUAGAACGGUUGGAGGCUGAUUCACAAGGGGCAAAACGGGUCAAGGAAGUUUAUCCUGUCAAAAAGAGAUGAACGGGAAUAGAAGGAAUAUUUUCCUCCCCCUGGCGGGAUUUUAUUUUAUUUUUUCUCCAGUAGAUGCACUAUUUAAGAAGCUGAUAGAUUGACUGUACUUUUCUUGCUCUCUAAGGCGAGAGAAAAACCCAGCCGUAUUUCUAAGGCUGCCUUUUUCCAUGUCUGCGUCCUUCCCUGACCUCAGGCAGGGCUGGGAAUCCUGGCUGCUAGGGUCUGCGGUUGGGGAGGAUUGGAAUUGUAGUCCAGGAACACUUAGGAAGCGGACGAGUUGCUGCUCGGGCGUUCACGAUGCCCGUCUUCGAUGCAGGAGGUGGCUUGCUAAGCCGGGAGCCGUAUUUGAGUGAAGCUGAAAAUGGUGUGAGGUCUUUAAUGGCUGCUCGAAAGGCUUUGUACCAAUAAAUUAUUUUCAAAUCAGA